CCUCUAGUCUUUGAUAAACCAGUGAUGAACGCAGUUGUGUGAUGUUCAUCGCACAUUAAAUCUCUCUGUCUCGCAGUGAAUAUUUUUAAUGGUUUUAGCGAAUUUGGCGGACACGAAUGAAUGUAGAGACUUGCGUUUUGAACAAAUUUACACGUUAUCCGACAAUUCAUAUGUGUCGAAUAAAUUUUUUCUAUUGGUAAAUAUUUGUGCCCAAGGUGAAGAUAAUAAAAAACCUCAAAACACUGCUUUUCAAGCAUCUUAAGCACUUUGAAGGGGAAAAAGCCGACAAUAUGCAUUUAAGAAAGAGAAAGUGAAGGCGAACUAAGAAUCUUAGAUAUAAAUAUAAAUUAACUUAAAUGAAGAAAGAAAGCAACGACAAAAUAGAUAAAAAAACAGAGCACACACGUUGCCAUUGAGAGUAAAUUCGAUACACAAUUCGCAACUAAAUCGCUCAAAGCAAUCGAAAGACUAAGCGGAGUUAUAAAAAAACCACAAAAAAAAGGUAGUUUGUAUACGAAAUAAGUGAAAACGGACCAACAACAACAACAAUCGAAAUGAUUGAACAGCCGAUCUCUAUCACAGUCGGAAAAAAUAUCUGAUUCAAACAUUCCAUACGAAGGUUGGAUUGAAAUAACUCAUUGAGUUUCCGUCAAAGAGAAACCAGGUGCCCAAUACGGCAAAUUUGACUAGUGUCUUUUUCAAAUGAUUGAUGGUGCUACAGAUUUAUCACGAUGAAAAUGGGGCUGACAGCAUCGCCUGUAUUCAGUUUACGGCGGCGAGGAUGCUUACUCAUAUUGGGUUUUUGCGUUAUGAUUCCUUUCACUUUAAUGAUGCUGUUCAUUGGACCGGAUUUAUCCGGUGAAUUGACGAUGUCACAGCGUUUGGCUGAAUUUCAAAUUCGUCUUCAAUAUCUGGAAUCGAUGUAUCGAUCACGACAAGAGGAUGUUGCAAUUUUAUCACAAUAUAUAAGUAUACCGUCGCCAAACAAUGACGGCACAAAUAUUACAAUCACCGGACCAUUGUUAGAUGCAUUAAGUCCCGAAACACGGUCAAUGCUUCGCAAUAUGAGUGCUGCACCGAGAUUUCCCACCAGCCUACGUUUACCAACUGCAUUUCAUUUUUUACCUCAUCUUUUGGACGAUCCAAGUUCAUUACGACCGGCUUUUCUUUUGUCACGUGGUGGUCGUCAAGGUGUGUCAAUUGUGCUGGGGGUGCCCACCGUCAAACGUGACAAACAAUCGUAUUUAAUGGGUACUUUACACAAUCUCAUUACGAAUAUGGAAGAAGAAGAGCAAAACGAAACAAUGAUUGUGGUAUUUGUUGGUGAAACCGAUAUUGAAUAUGUGCAGCUAAUUGCCAAACAAAUCGAAGUUCGUUUUUCGCAAUAUGUCGAAGGUGGUCUAAUUGAAGUGCUAAGUCCACCGCCGUCAUAUUAUCCAAACAUGGACAAACUAAAAAUCACAUUGAAUGAUCCACCGGAGCGUGUGAAAUGGCGCUCGAAACAAAAUUUAGAUUUCUCCUUUUUAAUGGCCUACGCUCUAAAUAAAGCUACAUUUUAUGUGCAACUCGAAGAUGACAUUCUUGCAAAGCGCGGUUUCAUAACAAUUAUGAAAAAUUUUGCUUUAGACAAAACGAUACGGCGCGAACAAUGGUUUGUUUUAGAUUUUUGUCAGCUGGGUUUUAUUGGUAAAUUAUUUAAGUCGGCCGAACUUCCUUGGUUGAUUACAUUCUUUCAAAUGUUCUACAACGAUAAGCCUGUUGAUUGGCUACUUGAACAUUUGAUUUACACAAAAGUUUGUAAUUGGGAAAAGGACCAGAAACAUUGUAAAUUAGAAAAAGCAAAAUUGUGGCAACAUUAUAAGCCAUCACUUUUUCAACAUAUUGGCACGACAUCAUCGUUGCGUGGCAAAGUGCAAAAAUUAAAAGACAAACAAUUUGGUAAAAUUCCCUCAUUUUUUCCACAUACCAAUCCACCGGCGACCAUAAAAAGCCCGAUAAAUCCAUACAAAAGCCACACAAUAGCUAGAGCUUAUCUAGGGCAAACAUUUUUUUGGGGCCUUCUCCCGCAACCGGGCGAUUUAGUUCAAUUCAUUUUUCAUCAACCGUUUAAUUUGAGAAGGUAUCUCUUUCGAAGUGGUAAUAGUGAGCAUCCAAGUGAUCGAUUUUAUAAUACCACCGUGGAGAUUUUGCCCGCCGCAUUGCCCGAAAAUUCAUACAUAUGGAGUGCCUAUAAUUCAACGGCAGAUGGAUUCUUAAUCAUUGGAAACUUUAACGAAUUUGGCAUUGCCGAAGGAACGAUUGAAGCGAAAAUUGGAAAAAUCAAAGAGAUUCGAUUACAUGUACACACUGACAGUGAAAAUUGGGCAAUUCUCAGUGAAAUUCACUUACAAGAUGUCUCGGUGUCUCGAUGAUCGUAUUGAAUGUUUACACUUCAUGUUAAAUUCAUGUACAAUUAUAGUAUUGGUGUUAAUUUCAUGUGAAACUCAUGUCUAGGGUGAUAAUACGAAGCCAUUCGUAAAAUAAUGGAAUAUUUCCCUGUAUACGCACACACAUUACACUCAGAAAAGCUGACGUUGGACCUCUAUGCUACAUGCAUUGCAAACUUCACAUAGAUCUCAAAAUUAACACUCGAACAGUUCAUAGAAAAUGGUUCAAAAUUCAAAUAUCACAUCUCAGAAACAUCAAAGAAAUAGAAAUGCAUUUGCACCGAUGCACUUAAAAAAGUAGAUGUAUGAUAGACAUUUUCAAUAUCUGUAUGAGUAAAAUCUCCCUAGAAAAUUAACAUCAUUUGCUGAAUGCUGCGUAUCAAAUCAUCUUGGAUCGCUUGUCUUGUGGGUAGCGCGAAGGUAAAAAAAAAACCU